AGAAGUUUUAUAGAAGAUUGCUGAAACUUUAUCUCCCACAUCGAUCCGACGCCGAUCUGAGAGAUGAAGCGUACCCCACUUAUGAAGAGUUUUAUAAGUGUAGCGACAAGUGGGGUAUGAGAGUAGAGGAAAUAGUGAGGCACAACAAAAAACGUUAUGAGGGCCAAGGAAAAAACAUGGAAGCUGCGUUUCAACAGCUUCAGGUGUGCGGUCCUCUCGUGAAUGCUUGGAACUCUUUUGCGCCGGAAGUUGAAGUUGACCGGCUGGAGUGCCUGGCUGAAUGUGAACCUCGCGAUCAGGAGCAAAACGGUGAAGAUGUCCCAGAAUUCGGCACUAAGACGGAUAAGGGGAGCUCUAUGCCUAGAAUAGAUGCUCCAGAGUUGAGUCCAGACUUUGUUAGGAAAAUGUACCAAAGUCUGAACGAAACUCAGGCUUCCGUUUUCUACACUGUUCGACAGUGGUGCUUUGAACUAGUCUGGGGCCACAAUCCAGAACCAUUUUAUUACUUCCUGUCGGGAGGGGCUGGAUGUGGCAAAUCGCAUGUGAUUAAGUGCAUUCACCACGAGGCAACGAGAAUUCUGCGCGAGCUCCCGAGAUUUCGGGACCACGCAGACAUGUCCCAACCCGCAGUGCUGCUGACCGCAUUCACAGGUACAGCAGCAUUUAACAUAUCAGGCAACACGUUGCACUCCAUUCUCAAAUUACCAAGGUCCUUGAAGCCACCUUAUCAAGGUCUUGGGAAUGCACUCGACGAAGUCAGAGCAACACUGGCGAACGCUGAGAUUCUCAUCAUCGAUGAGGUAUCCAUGGUCUCUAAAGAGCUAUUUGCCUACGUGCAUUAGCGAUUUCAGCAGAUCAGGGGUAAUCGGAAGCCAUUUGGAGGCAUGUCUGUCCUUGCUGUAGGUGACUUUUAUCAACUGCCGCCCCUUGGUAAAGCCAAGCCACUGUGUGUGUACGAGGAGACUGAGUUUGAUCUCUGGAAGGAUAACUUCAAAAUGGUCACCCUAACAGAGAUCAUGCGACAGAAAGACGAUCGAGCUUUUGCUGAACUCUUGAACCGUCUCAGGGUGAAGCAAAAGGAAGAUUCUUUGUUAGAUGAAGACAGGCUCUUGCUUACACAGGCAGUGGCUGAUAGUCAGCAUUGCCCAGCACUGAGUCUACACAUCUACGCCACAAACAAAGAAGUAGACCGUCACAACGCCGACAUCGUAACUGCUUCCUACAAGAAUGCGAUUGGCG